AUGGGUAAACUAGUGGUGAAUCUAUCAAAACUUGCUACAAUUCUUCAACAGGAGAACGCCCCAAAAUCAUUGAGGGUAAUUGCCCAAGUGUAUAAAUAUGAUGUCUCGAGUGGAAUUCUCACCAUCGUUGAUAUACCGACUAGCCAUCUUGCUAAUAAUCGUGAAUCCAAGCUACCCGAGUGUCUGUGGAAGGUCGAUCUUCAGUAUGUUCUACCAACUAUCAAGUUGAAUCAAUCUGCCCUGUUCCAUUCUGGAGUGAUAGUCAACAUUGAUGCAAUUUACAAGGCAGGCUUUAAAGAUACGCUUAUUGCUUUCAACCUCUAUGAGCUGAAAGAACCCGAACUAGUUCUCAGUAAUUUACAGCAGCUACAACAAUUCGAAAGCAUUUAG